GACAAUAAAUGAUAGUGGAGACUGGCGCCAUUUCUGGGACUUCGUGCCGCCACUUUCUUCCAAAGAAGAAACCAAGUGGAACUGCGUGGGCGUCGUACGACCACCCAGUCAACGGCCUCGAUCCAUUCCCACACUCAAAAUCCAUCUCCACCGUUUCUUCAAAUUCCCACCGCCGUCCCAUAGCGCGGGAAAACCCCCCCAACUCCGCUUCUGUAAAUCACUACAAACCAACGGUCACACCUUCGAAACCACCCAUAACUUUACCUUCUUCCUCAUACGACCUCCUUUUCUUUUCCUUUCUAGGGUUUCAUUUCUCCUAUUAUGGCGCCUAGGAAGCGAAGCAAGAACCAAGAAGAAGAGUCGGCGAUGGAGAAGCCGGCCCCGGCGACGUCCAGGGUGACUCGGAGUUCCGCUCGGCUGGCGGCGAACUCCAAGGCCGAUUUGACUGUCACGGAGUUGCCGAAGAGUAAGAAGGCGAAACGUGCUCCGAAGGAGAAUGGGAAAGUCGAGGAGGUUGAAAAUAAGGAAGUGAAAGUUGAUGUUGGUUUGGAGAAACCUGACAAGGAUGCGAAGAGUAGAACGGUUGUGAUUGAACAUUGCAAACAGUGUCAAUCAUUCAAGAAAAGGGCCAUUCAGGUGCAAACUGGUCUAGAGAAUGGUGUUCCUGGAAUUACUGUGCUGCUUAACCCCGAUAAGCCAAGAAGGGGUUGCUUUGAGAUCCGAAGCGAAGAUGGCAAGAAAUUUAUCAGUCUUCUGGACAUGAAGCGUCCAUUUACCCGCAUGAAGGAACUGGACAUGGAUGAAGUCAUUUCAGAUAUCAUUGAGAAGAUAAAAGGAUGAUGAAAGGCUUUGAUGAAAAAUUUGCUUUUCUAAGGAUGCAAUGGUUUUUUUUUGUGGUGGUUUGAAGCUAACCAACUAGAGUAGCUUUGAUGGUGGAAAACUCGCUAAUGAUCAUUUGCCAAUGUCAAUAUUGUCUCCUCACUUGAGAUAACUGCAAUGGUAAAGCCAUCAGGUUUGAACAAACAUGGUGAAAUAUUUUUUUGGUUUAAGCUUCAUAAUGAACGAGUCUAUCUUUGAAGAAGGCUUGUCCUUUGUAUUAGUAGUAGUAGAAACCUACCCUUACCUAAUAGGAGGGUGGCUCUAUAUUGCAUCCUUGAAUUGUGUAUUUUUGUGUGAAUCAAUGGAGUUUUAUUUGCACC